AUGGCUUGUUGGAAACAUGUGAUAUUUUCCAGCUUAUUACCUGCUCCAGUUCAGCAAGUAUGGGACAGAGAUGACGAACGACAGGGCCAGCGUGUCGGCAGCGCCCUGGUCGUAUCUCAGACAAGUGUGCCACCGUAUGGGCAAAGGAAAGGAUGGGUACCACGGGCGGAGGAAGAUUAUGGAGAUGGGGGUGCUUUCCCGGAGAUCCAUGUGGCUCAGUACCCACUGGGCAUGGGAGCGCGGGGAAAGGAGAGCACAUCCAAUGCACUUGCGGUGCAACUGGAUGAAGCUGGACGGGUUAAAUACUCAGCUAUCGCAAGACAAGGACAUAGCGCUGAUAAGAUAAUAUAUUCGAAACUGACAGAUCUAUUGCCAUCUGAAGUGUUAGCAGAAGAUGAUCCAAGUCUCCAGAAGCCAACGGAGGAUGAUAUUCAAGAUAUUACGGAAAAGACAAAGCUGGCACUUGAGAAGUUGACUAAUGCUAAAAUCUCUGCGGCUUUGCCUGUUAAAGCAGCACCUAAAGCUGCUCCAGCUCAAUAUAUAAGGUAUACUCCAGCACAACAAGGUGGUACAUUUAAUUCUGGUGCAAAGCAGAGAGUCAUCAGGAUGGUAGAAGCGCAAGCAGAUCCGAUGGAGCCUCCACGCUUCCAGAUCAAUAAGAAGAUCCCACGCGCGGCGCCUUCGCCCCCAGCACCCGUGUUACACUCCCCUCCCCGGAGAGUCUCCGUCAAACAACAGAGGGACUGGAAAGUACCACCUUGUGUUUCGCAUUGGAAGAAUGCUAAAGGUUACACAAUACCAUUGGACAAGCGUUUAGCUGCAGACGGUAGAGGGUUACAACAAGUACAUAUUAAUGAGAACUUCUCAAAGCUUGCGGAAGCUUUGUACAUAGCUGAUCGUAAAGCUAGAGAGGCGGUAGAGGCCAGGGCUCAGUUGGAAAGGAGAUUGGCGCAGAGGGAGAAAGAGAAGAAAGAAGAACAUUUGAGGAUGUUAGCGCAGAGAGCUAGAGAUCAUAGAGCAGGUAUCAGACCGGCAGAGGAGGAGACGGAGAGUGCUGAGCCAGAGGAGGGACUGUCGGACGCGGACAAGGCGGAGCGCGACCGCCUGCGUGCGGAGAGACACAAGGACCGCCAGAGGGAGAGAAAUCUCGCCAGAGCUGCGCCAGAUAAAAGAUCUAAAUUAGUGAAAGACAGAGAAAGGGACAUAUCUGAACAGAUAGCUCUGGGCAUGCCGGCAAAGACAAACCAGGGAGGGGAAGGCAUGUUUGACCAGAGGCUGUUUAACAAUAGCAAGGGAAUGGACAGCGGUUACGGUGACGAUGAAGCGUACACUGUGUACGACAAGCCAUGGCGUAACCAGGACACUGUGGGUGCACACAUCUAUAGACCAACCAGGAACGCUGACAAAGAUAACUAUGGAGGGGAUAUUGAUGCUAUCGUUAAUACUAGGAGGUUCGUUGCGGAUAAGGAAUUUGCAGGUACUAGCAGCAGCAACACGCGCGCCGGACCUGUGCAGUUUGAGAAAGACAAUCCCUCAGCUAGAGAGGAAAAUCAGGGUCGUAGCCAGUCUGAUGCUGACUUUGACCCGUUCGGUCUGGACCGGUUCUUGAGUGAGGCGAAGCGAGCAGAUAAGUCUGGUCGUAAACGCGACCAUCACGACCACCAUGAUAGGCACGACACGCACAAGAAGAGGAGGGACUAGUCCAGUUAAGUUUUCGGGCUACUUUAACAAAUAAGACAUUUUUAAUAACAUACUAUUGUCUAAGUCUGUAAUGUGAGUUAAAGAUGUAACCUUGGGUUUUCACUACCGAAACAUAUGUAAUUUAAGUUGUUAUACAAGUUUUUCAGCAGUGGAAUCCCACGGUAAACAGUAGUUUAAUUAUUUCAUCAUAAGUUGU